AUGAAUUUGAAAUCCUUCUCAAGGAUCAAUGAAAAGCGAAUUCAAAGGAAUCAGAUCGUGUGUAGGGGUAAUAAACUUCGAACUCAGAACAAUCUGAAUUUAAAUGAGAAUCUGAUUUACAUACCAGCAAGGUUCAAUACAAAAAUGCAUCUACCUUUGGGAAUCCAUGCAGAGAGUGUGCCUGUCAGCAGUGCAGACAGACCGACCUGGGUGACAGAAAACUGCAAGCACCAAGAAGAAACUAAUGCUUCCCUCCCUGAAGAGCAGCAGGGAAGGGUCCUCACGCCGACAUGGGCCUCAGAGAAUGCAGAUGGCAAAUAUAUUUCCCCAUUUCAUGACAUUCCACUGUUCGCUGGUUCUAAAGAGGAUAAAGAGAUUCCUGCGAAGAGGUCAAAGACUACUGGAAGUGAGGUCCUGUUUAAUAUGGUUGUAGAAGUGCCUCGUUGGACGAAUGCAAAAAUGGAGAUUGCCACUGAGGAGCCAUUGAAUCCCAUUAAACAAGAUAUAAAGAAAGGAAAGCUUCGAUAUGUGGCAAAUAUCUUUCCUCACAAGGGUUAUAUAUGGAAUUAUGGUGCCCUCCCACAGACUUGGGAAGAUCCAAACCAUAAAGAUAACGUUACAGGAUGUUGUGGGGAUAAUGAUCCUAUUGAUGUUUGUGAAAUAGGUUCAAAGAUUCGUUCUUCUGGUGAGAUUGUUCAGGUGAAGGUCUUGGGUGUUUUAGCUCUUGUUGAUGAAGGAGAGACAGAUUGGAAGAUAAUUGCUAUCAGUGUGGAUGACCCAGAAGCUCAGAAAAUCCAUGAUAUUGAUGAUGUCAAGAAGCACAAACCAGGUUACCUUGAAGCUACAGUUGACUGGUUCCGAAUAUAUAAAGUCCCUGAUGGUAAACCAGAGAAUCAGUUUGCUUUUAAUGGAGAAUUUAAAGACAAGGAUUUUGCUGUUGAAAUUAUUAAAUCCACCCAUGAAUACUGGAAAGCUUUGCUUCAUAAAAAAGCUGAUGGAGGUGCUAUCAAGUGCACUAAUGUUCUGGUGAGUGGCAGCCCAUUUUGUUGCAGUGAGGAGGAUGCCCGGUCGAUUGUGCAGUCGGUAAGUGUAGCUGGGGUGAGCUUGUGUCACAGCAAAGGCCACCGUCCACCCAGUUUCUUAUCUGUGCAUGCAGGUGAGUGUUGCAGGAUACCUUGUGCUUCACUGUCAGUUGUGUCAGUUGGAAAACAUGCUGAGAGGGCAGUGGAGGAUUGUUACUACGCAAGUAAGUAGCAUCCUCAUUGUGAGGCAGGUUGCUUCCAGCUGGUGUUAAAACUGGCUUUAAUUUUGUCCUUUAUGUUAGGGGACAUGACAUGCUAGGUAAUACUGCAAUUGAAUAGUGGUAUAUCCAGCUUUGAAAUGUCAGACCUUCAUUUGAAAACUAUUUGUCACUUUGCACAGAACUGAAUCCUACUCUGCCAAAAUGUAAGAGUAUAAUGACACUUAUAUUUUUUUAAAAAAUUUAGUAUUAGUAAUAUAAGCUGUGUAUAUAUAUAUAUAUUCACAUGCAUACCUUAUACUGAAGGUAUGCUUAUACUGAAACUUGUGUAGUAAUGUAAUUGGGAAGACAUUUUUACUCUUUGGUAUCUAAACAGCAAAUCCUGUUAUCCUCAAAGACGGUAGGAAAAUCCCCUUCACAGUAGGUGAGGUGUUAAUCUACCAUUCAUUAUUAGUGUGUUUGUUUUGUCAUUUAUGAGCGACAGACAAAUGUGUACAGUAGUUAAGGGGGUGGGGAAAGGGAAAAUCUGUAAGGUAGAAUAUCAUCAUAUGGGGACAAGAGAAAGUUCUGUUUUUAUUAAUAUCUCUUGACUUCAUCAGUAAAAUAACUUUGUUUGGUUGAUACCUGUGAAACUUCAAAUUGGUUUUGUUUUUUUCUUUCGUGUUGUUU